CACUUGCAGGAGUGGAACCAAUUAGCGGAGUGCUCGUCUUGCCAUAGUAUGAUAACUGGUUUGAACCAGUUAUCUACGCUUGCUUACACCAAUUAUUCUUGCUUUCUGGCAUGUGGCUUUGAUUCCUACUACUAAAAGUUGACAAUGCUCUUAUGCUGAGCUAUUUAGUUGCGCACACUUUUUUUCAGAUAUUUGUAUGACAAAUAUCAUAACUUUGUUAGCGUAAUUGCAAGACAUGCUGUUGGUUUUGGCAUCACAUCGCCAAGUGCGUCUUUGUAACUCCUGAGCAUGAAUCUGCUAGUGAGAAAGCUGUCGUCUUGCCGCCUGCCGUCUUGAGACGCAUUUCUGUCAUGUUGCUGCAUUGAUAACCUAUAAUAUGGAAUAAGGGAUUCAGCCUUCUCUCAUACGAGCAUUCUACAUGGUAAUAGCAAGAUAGCAACGCAUCUAGAAACUGGCACGUAAGGCCUGAAAGGCAGCAAGAUGCCUCGGGUUUACUUCCAAUCUACACCAGACUUGAGCAGGGAGAUCCACAUUCAGAAAAGUAGAUACAAUCCAUGUCGAAGAACAAGAAGCUUGGAUGUCGUAUGGGCGCGGAGAAGACAGCUCGUGCGAAAGCUCGAAGCAGAAGGUGCCGAAUCGCCCACACAGGAGCCGGAGCGGGAGUCGUGGGACAACAAGCUCCAGUUCCUGCUGGCCACCAUCGGCUAUGCCGUCGGCCUGGGCAGUGUCUGGAGGUUUCCCUAUCUCACUCAGCGAAACGGCGGAGGUGCCUUCCUGAUCCCGUUUUUCAUCAUGUUGUUCAUCCUGGGCAUCCCGGUGUUCUACCUGGAGCUGGCGGUGGGCCAGAGGCUGCGGAAGGGCGCCAUCGGGGUGUGGAACCAGGUGUCUCCCUACCUGGGCGGCAUCGGCAUGGCCAGCUGCUUCGUGUCGCUGAACGUGGCGCUUUACUACAACACCAUUAUUGCCUGGUGUCUCUACUACAUGUUCCAUAGUUUUUCGGCGCAUUUACCUUGGUCUGAAUGCCCGAAAGAAUACUUUCCGAACAAGUCUUACGUUAUCAAUGAGGAGUGCGAGGCCAGCAGCCCUACCGAGUACUUUUGGUACCGCCAAACGCUGGAUAUCUCUGAGGACGUCAACUCCCCGGAGGCCUUCAACUGGCACAUCUGCAGCUGUCUGGUGGUGGCCUGGGUCCUCACCUAUCUCUGCAUGGCCAAGGGAAUCGCCUCGUCGGGAAAGGUUGUGUACGUGACGGCCACAUUUCCGUACGUGGUGCUGUUCAUCUUCUUCGUGCGCGGGAUGCUGCUGGACGGCAUGCAGGACGGUCUGCGACACCUCUUCACGCCUGACUUCAAGAUGCUGACCGACCCGGUGGUGUGGCUGGAGGCCGGCACUCAGAUCUUCUUCUCGUUCGGGCUCGGCUUCGGAGGCCUAAUCGCCUUCUCGUCGUACAACCCGCCCAACAACAACGUGUUCCGCGACGCGGUGGCCAUCGGCCUUCUGAACGCCGGGACGGCCAUGUUCGCCAGCAUCGUGGUCUUCUCCGUGCUCGGUUUCAAGGCGCACAACACCCACAACAAGUGUCUGCAUCAGCGGGAGCUGGAGCUGAACGCCAGCCUGGUCAGCUACCUGGGCGUCAGCGGCGGCGUCACCACGGCCGCCCCCGAGGUCACCGUGCCGCCCGAGGUCUACAACAGGAUCUUCAGGCAGCUGCGCGUCUGCGACCUCGACGAAGAGCUGGCCAACUCUAGUUCGGGCACCGGUCUGGCGUUCAUCGUGUUCACCGAGGCCAUCAACCAGUUUCCCGCGGCGCCCUUCUGGUCGGUCCUGUUCUUCCUGAUGCUGUUCACGCUCGGGAUCGACUCCGAGUUCGGCACCCUGGAGGGCGUCAUCACCUCCAUCGUCGACCUGAGGCUGUUCCCCAACUUGCGGAAGGAGAUCCUGACAGGCAUCAUCUGCAUUAUAUGCUGUCUGCUGUCCAUGGUCUUCGCUCACGGGGCCGGCAACUACCUCUUCAUCUUGUUCGACGACUUCAGCGGGAACCUGCCGCUGCUGAUCAUCGCCCUGUCCGAAUGUAUCGGAAUCGCUUGGGUCUACGGCCUCAGGAGAUUUUGUGACGACAUUGAGAUGAUGACGGGGAAGCGUCCUCACUGGUACUGGAUGUUCUGCUGGAAGUACCUCUCGCCCUUCACCAUGAUUGUCAUUCUGGUGGCCUCCAUUAUCAAAACCCUAAUGGACGGGGCAGGAUACCAGGCGUGGGACGCUGAGGCCGCGAUGGUGGUGACCAAACUGUGGCCUCACUGGGCCUGGGGGCUGAUCUGCGUCCUGGUGCUCGUAUCGGCACUCUGGCUGCCCGGAGUGGCCAUAGCCAAGUUUUUCGGCAUCAACGUGAUCCCGCCGGAGGAGGCGGCCUGGUUCCCGGUGGCCGAUAUGCGCGAGAUGCACCACGUCAAGCCUCACAAGGUGACGGAGCUGGAGCGUACCCUGUUCGCCAUGCACCCGGACGGUAGCGAGGGCUUUUGUCUGCGCUCGCCACCCUACGAGGACGAGGAGACGCCCGUGACCGCAAUCGGCGAGCUGGAGGAUCCCUGGAAGGCGACCAUCAGGAGCUCCCAGGAGUCGCGCGGCGGCACCAGGAGCGCCGAGGAGCCCUGAGGGGGAGGCCGGGGGAGGGAUUGUGGUGUCUGGUAGUGGAAGCUAUAUCUCAAAGCUUUGUUCGAUUGUUGAGGGCGAGUAACGCUUGACACUGACGCUGGCCGUAUGCAGUUUUCAGAGUAAACGCAUUUACCCGUCAUCCACAUCUGCGCUUUACUUGUAUAAGAUUGCGCAGUUGUGUUAUUUUGGAUUUAGCGCCGGCGAUUACAUGGUCAGCCGUAGAGCAAAUAAUUCAGCUGAGUUCGCUUGAGCUUGAGCCUCUUGGACCUGACUGAGUAGAACUGUAAGCAAACUGUAAGUGACUUAGUAGAACUUUCCGGGAGUAACGGGAAAGCUAAAUGGGCGCAUUCCUUCCAUACUUGCGGAAUUGGCUACACAAAGGCCGAAUGAAAGUCGGAAAGGGGAAUAUUUAUUGUUGCACGCCUCGUCUUCCCAUUCCGAAUAUGGGAAGACGCCUCGAAUCACUAAUGCUCGACGCUUUUACUCCGUGUGUGUGAUGCUCUACCCACCAUAUGAUCUCGUUGAAGUGAUACGGACAUAGAUGUGUUUCCCUGGUAGGAACGCAUUGGAGCUGAGCCUCCAGUAGUGACCAAAGUGUUCUAGUCAAUGAUCACCACCCCGUGUGAUAGGUGUACAUGUUACAUAAGGCUGUGUAGAUGAGCAGAUCUCAUAAGACUUGACGCUAGACGUGUCGCAUUUCCAGUAGUCUCUAGUUGCCGAAUGACUUGCUGUCAGAUGUCAGUAAUGUUACAAUGGCAGUGGCUGGAUAUUGGUGUAAUUGCAGCAUAAUUCGCUAAACCCUAUUAUGUUUGGAUGAGUCGAAUAUUUAAAUCAUAUUGGCUGUGCGACGGCAAACAAAAACAGUUUUGUGAAAACUUGCGUCUUCGUUGUCCAUGACGAAUGAAAAAUCAGUCACACAACGUUUUGAAAGAUAGAAUGCCUCAUAUCUCAUGUCGCCUGGCAUUGAGCGUUUUUUCGUCACCUGGUGACUUUUAUUGGACGAUUUGCUAUUCAGGUCUUUAGAUAAUCUGAGAGCGUCGAAGGCUCUUCUGCCUUCGCUCUUUGGGCUUUUCUCAGUUUUCGCUCCUUUCGUGAUUCAUAAAACGUUUCCACUGUAUAAAAAAGAAGUUGAUUUUGCAAUGUUUCCUCCCACGUCCACUUCACCACGUCUUAUCGAUGUCUUCCUAGAUCACCAGCUCGUCGCCACCGUGUCUACAAUGUGCGCGUAGUCGUAGUCCGAGUGUCAUGACGGGAACUUUGGAGUGUGUGCGAAGUUGGUGGGUCCUCUGCACUCAGCGAUGCAGGCAAGACUGUGUGUGUAAUUCCGAGAGUUGCCACAAGAGGUCAGUUGAUGGCGUAGUGCAAUAGAAGGUAUGUACCAAUACACAUUAUACAGGCCUGUUCAA